UGAUGCAGUGAUGUUUCCGCACCUGUGACUGACUUGCCAGUGCCACCUCCCCCUCUCCUCGCCUACACUUGUCCCUAAGCCUUAAUGCACACUUACAUUCUAGUACACACGCUCCCAGUCGAGCGAAGGCGUGAGAGGUAGAGAGAGAGGUAGAGGGAGAGAUAGAGAGAGCGAUAGAGAUAGAGAGAGAGACACGAAGAGAGAGAGAAAGAGAGAAAUUGAUAGUACUACGGAGGAGAAAAAACGCCUGGGUGGAGCAGCGUCGUGUUGCUGCGGAAACUCGUUCGGUUGAACGCGCGGUUCGUUGCAGAUGCAAAUAACGUCGAGCAGGGAAGGCGAACGGGGGUAAUGGUGAUCCCAAACGGGUGUGUGUGAGAGAGACAGCUCCGGUAGGGAUAUGGAGGAAUCUGAGAGCGUCCCCUCCGCACCAGAGGACGGACUCCUGGCUACCUGGCGCUGGAACAGAAACGCAAGGGAACAGGUUCAGCUGAAGCAGAAGAUCAAAGAUCUACCUGGCUUGUUGAAACACGGACUGCAUUUGAGGAAGAAAAGUCAGUCACCUGACACCAUCCCUGGACCGAGCGCCGGACUCCCCCGACAAAAGCAGACGUGCUCCCAGAGUUUCCCGUGUGCAGGCCGAGCGUUGAGAAAUGCCUUCCUGUCCCACGGACCUUACCCAGCCAAAGACAAGAUCCACCUGGCCAGGAUCAUCAGGAGGAGCUAUGUGGGCGUGGAGCUGGUGCAGUGGCUGCUGGAACAGUGUGUGUUUGUGCAGUGCAGGAUAAUGGGAGCCAGGAUCUGGCAGGUGCUGCUGGAACUGGGCAUCCUGCACUCAGUGGACCAGCGCGUGGUGUUUGAGGACUCUAACACCUACUACCAGUUCUCCUUUGAGGAAUGUGAGGCCCAGGGAUGUGAGUUCAGGAGCGAGGAGGAGUGGCAGAACGGCGUGCGGCUCCUCACACAGCUGGUGCCCUACGUGCAGUUCCGUGUCGUCAGCCCACCCGAGGAAGAUGCUGAGGCAAUGAGGGACAUGCGUAGUGAGAAUCUCCAGAUGAAGGCUCUGGAACGACUCACAGCUACAGUCCAAAAUGAGUUGGCUGCAGCACUUGCUCGGAAGGCAAGAAAGUCAAUGUCAGAAGAGGAUUCCCCUGAGACUGCUGAGAGCUCUCCACAGGAGACCCCCAAAAGCAGCGAUGUCCAAGCCAAACAGGGGGGCGUGUGUGGGCUGCGGCCGCCAGACGAGCUCUCCCGCCUGGAGAUGGUCCAGCGCCUCGCCAAGGACGGCUGCCGCUUCCUCCAGAACCACAACUACCGCCUGCCAGACCGGACCGCCCCAACUCAGGGGGAAGGUGUCGUUCGUGUGUGUCUGAAGGAGAGAGGCCAGGAUGUGCUGGUGCUCCAGAGGGUGUCGUCAGAGCGACCGUCACCCACGACAACGGGCGGGGUGAAAGAGGAGGAUAGUGACAAGAGGUACGUGGUGGUCUCUGGGACGCCCCAGAAGAUUCUGGAACACCUGCUCAGCGACAUGCGCCUGGACGAGCAGCAGGGAGCGACAGAGAACAGGGAGGCAGAGAUGCUUCUAGAUGACUUCCUGUUGACCUACCUGGUGUUCAUGUCAACGCAUGACCUGUGCCAAGCUCUGCUGGGACAUUACUGCACCAAGCGCUGCAAAGGCAAGGAGGAGGGGAAGGAGGCCCUCUACAGGAAGCGCAAGGUACUGCACCUGGUGUCGCAGUGGAGCGUACUCUACAAGGACUUCCUGCGCGAGGAGGAGCACGUCAAGCUCUUCAUGAAGACUCUCUACCGCUACGUGCUGGAGGACGUCUAUGAGUUUCCGACCUUGGAGAAGGACCUGAAGGAAUUCCAGAAACUUCUCAGACGUCGACACACGGUGGAUGAUUAUACCCCACACCAGAAGAACAAAGCCCUCUUCCAGCAAUUGAGUCUGAAGGAAAACGGCCUGACGCUCCGCACCGGCGCAACCAAUGAGACCAAAGAAGUCUUGUGUCGUGUGUACGUGAGCCCAGACUCAUUCGUGAGUGUGAGGACGCGGUCGACGGUGGUCACUCAGGAGCUGCUGCGUGUGGUGGCCCAGAAGAUGGAGCGGCCCGAGGAGGACAUGAUGCUGGCUGCAGUCAUAAUCAGCGGAGAGAAGCGCGUGCUGCAGCCCCAUGACACUAUAUACUCGGAGAGUGUGACGACUCCAGGCAGACUGAUGGCUUGUCGGCGGGACCUCAAUGAGAUUAUGCCGCCCCUGACGGAGUGUCCUGAGCUGGGCCAGAGGCCCGUGCGGCUCCUGGGCAUGAACACGUGGGACGUGUCGGCGGCACUCACCAACUUCGACUGGAGCCUCUUCAACUCCAUACACGAGCAAGAGCUGAUCCACUACACUCUGAGUCGUCAGGCCAGCAGUCGCCACACUGUGGCGCUAGAGGUGCUGUUGCAGCGUUGUAACGAGGUGCAGCAGUGGGUUAUGUCGGAGGUGCUCAUGUGCCACUCGUUGGGCAAGCGCGUCCAGCUGCUCAAGAAGUUUAUCAAGAUCGCUGCACACUGCAAAGCACAGCGGAACCUCAACUCCUCCUUCGCCAUCAUCAUGGGCAUGAACACCGCCGCAGUCAGUCGCCUCAACGUCACGUGGGAGAAAGUCCCUGGCAAGUUCAAGAAGCUGUUCUCGGAGCUGGAGCUGCUGACGGACCCGACCAUGAACCACAAGGCCUACAGAGAUGCCUUCAGGAAGAUGAAGUCCCCCAAAAUCCCCUUCAUGCCCCUGAUGCUCAAAGACAUUACCUUCAUUCAUGAGGGAAACAAGACAUUUCACGACAACCUAGUCAAUUUCGAGAAACUGCACAUGAUUGCAGACACCGUGCGUCUCAUUCGCCACUGUCAAACAGACCAGACAGGCAACGAGGGCACUCAGAGCUGCAGUCCAGAGGUGAAAGCCAGCAUCCACUACCUGCACAUCAUCGACAAUCAGCAGACUCUGUUCGAGCUGUCGCACAGAAUCGAGCCCAGAGCAUAGAAACAGCACCCCCUGUUGGACGCUAUGUGUGAACACAGCCAUCUGCACCAAGUUCCCGUUAAUGUACAAAAAGCGCCCUCCUGUGUUUCAGAUGAAAAGCAAGGACCCUCCCACCAUACAGCGAGCAGGAACAGCCUGUCAGUAAGGACAGUCUUCAAUCAGGACCUUGACUGGCUUACUCCUUGUGACUGAUAGAAGUGAACUCAUGACUGAAGUUACUGGAACUCAUGACUGAAGUUACUGGAACUCGUGUGUCAGUGACCAGCGGUCAUUUAGCCAGUAUGAGGAGACCCACUCAGCAACUCUCCUCAGCUCUUAACCCACUCCCAGGGACCUCAGUGAGGAAAGAGACAUGGAGAAAGAAGAAAGAUGUCAUGAAGGCCAUAUUUAUAAGAUGUUUAUAAGAUGUUAUGGCCCUUGUCUCUCUAACCGACACUAACUGAGGACCUCACAAACGAACCUUAAUGCAGCCAGACAGUUGACCUGUGGCUUGCCUCAUUAAAAAAAAAACAUUGCUUGUCCCCAUUGUGCCACAAAUAUAUAGGCUU